CCGCUAAACGUUUCGAACGACGGAGCACUCAACUUCCUACAACACCAUGAAUCAACCAGAGGACGUUGAGGUCGUCCUCACCCACGAUCGCCGCUUCAAGUUCCACGCGAGCGUCCUCGCGCGCAACUCUCCCCUCCUAGCGGGCAUGCUUACAGAGCUAAAAGCUGCCCGCCUCUCCAAGAAGGCAAAAGACGCCGGAAUCAAGGUACGCUGGAUGAUAAAGCUUUCUCAUCCACCUCAUGGCGAUGAUCCUGGUGAGCUACAAUCGGUGGAACUCGAUACCAUGGGGGUGCCCUUGGAGCCUCUUCGACCUCUUAUCAUCAACGAGAAUGGCCGCAUUCCGACGCUGGCUCUUGACUACUACGAAGCCAUUUUCAAUGCGUUCUACAACAGAGAAAUCCCUCUGAGGGAAGACGAUAUGACGACCGUUCUCCAUGACGUCGUUGAGAUUCUCAAGUUUGCGGAAUACCUCGACUGUACGGCUGUCAUUCGAAAGCCUAUCGAUGUCGCUCUCAUAAAGCAUGGGCAGGAACUUUUUCGCUCUAUCCAGUCGCGUCCUUGGGCGUGGGUCGACCUCGCAAUCCGCAUUCGAUCAGAAACCAUCUUCAAAGAAGCGAUAAUACAUCUUGUCGGAAAUUGGAAGAGGGUGAAAGACAACGGCUCGGCAAUGAGGAUGCUGCAAGGUGGCUCGAAAGAGGUCUUUACGCUCUGCGAAAGGCUCCAUCAAGAUAUGGCAGCCAAAGGCAAAAAGCUCGAACUUGAGGUUGCGACAAUCUAUCCGGGCGGUAUGACACAGCCUACUAAAAACGUGCCGAUCAAACGAGAGGAAUAUGCGAAGGACAUCUUAGUCUGGAUGGCGCUCAGUUUCUUCCGCCAUUGGUUUAGCCAGCGGAUCAUCUCAGAAAAGGGUUCAACAAAUGUUGACGGUGGCUACGGGCUAUAUACCCAACUACAAAAGGCCGGUAACGCCUACAUGGAUAGGACUAUCCUCAACCAAUUUCACAGCAACGUUCCGAUGACCAAGAAGGCCAUGAACGUCCUGGAGAACCACCUUCUUGAGAUCAAGGCAUGUAUCAAGCAGGUUGUUGAUAAGCAUGAUAUCCUCAAAAUCUACUGCCAAUUAGACACCAAGCGAUUUGAGGUAAACUACCUGACGGGCGUGGAUGUCCGGAAGGAGGAUUUCCCAUGGUACGCUGAGGAACUACAAGAAAGGCCGACGGGCAAAAGGAAGCGCAGUCAGUCAGAGGUACCAGCGGAAAAGACCGAGAGCGAACAGCCCAGCGAGCCUAAUGGCCAGGCUGACGAUGAGAAGGAAGACGAGAGUACCGGCUCGCAUGAUGAGGAGGAUGGGCAUAGGCACAAGAGAAAGCUCUAG